CGAGAAGGAAUUUGGCAACGUUUGUUGUGCCUACAAUUUUUUGGAAUAUAAAGACAUCAUAACAAGGUGGCUUAUCAGCAGGCCAAACGAAACAUCAUGAUGAUUCCACCAUCAGUUCACCAUUGAUUACAGCAGCAUCAUCAUUUAUUUAACUAAAUACAUUUCGUUUGUGAAGGACUAUUAUUCACAUAAACACGUUAAGUAAUACACCACGUAUAUUCCCACAACAGUACCCAUCCAUCCUUCGUAGUUUAAUUGGCCUUCCUCAUCUGCUGGCUGGACGAUUUUCAUCAUCAGUAAGUUACUUGAACCAACGACUCACUCAUCGUUCGUGAAUAAUUAAAGAAUUCUCGGAACCAUAAAGGAGCGCAGAACAAGCUGACGAAGGAACCAUCGUCUUUGCAAGCCUUGAGGUGGUGGUAGUCGGACAAAUGUCUGCCACAAGUUCACAGCACAUUCGCUCCCUUGUAAUGGUGUAUAUUUGAUGUCAAGAUGAUGGGACGAUGAUGAAAUUCGAAAUGUGACCAACAUGUUUCUGGAGUUGACCACUUGAGUGAGCCCCGCUAUAACUACAUUAUCCCAUGCCGGACAAAUUUUUGAUUACUCCUCAUUCUUGAAAGGAAUUCGAUAUUCCGAGAACAUCAAAAAAAUGAGUCUGAGCUGGUUAGACGUGGCCGACGAAGAAGAAUUAGAUGAGGCUUCAAAAGUGAAUGACGUGGAGCAAGCCAAGAAAGUGUAUCAAGAGAUUGAAGAAACUGUUCGUUUUCUAAAUGUCGCUAGUUCCAGGUGCACAAAAAUAGAGGAUUUGUUCGCAUCCGACAUUUUAGAAACCAGAUUCAAGAUACAGAAUUUGUGUGAGGGAUUAAUUUCUAACUACUCGCCAAGCUUGUACGGGUUUUGUUCGAGAGAAAAAUUGUGGAAACACGUUUAUUAUGAUGCAGUCCAGAGGGCUAGAAAACUGCAACGGGAAAAGCCAUGGUCUCCCCUACAGUUGGCUUAUAUUAAAGCCCACAUUGAAACUGGAAUCGCGAGACUUCAUUUUUUUGUCAUGAAAAUCCAGGAGGCAGCUGAGUUGGAUUCGAAACCAAUCAUGAAGCAUCCUUCGUCUCUUGAUAGCAUUUUAAAUACCAAUACUUUGGUAAUUCAGAAAUCAAGGACUGCCACUGAUGAUGACGUAAAGGAUCAGAAAAAACUUGUAGAGUUGCUUGCAAUGUGCUACAUUAAUAUGGGGGAUCUUUAUCGAUACAUGAAGGAUAUUUAUGCAAAAUCAUCACCAUAUCUCGAUAACGAGAAAAGUGAUACGGAUUAUUUUCAUCGAGCUCAGGAGUGGUAUACACAGGCGUUCCUAAUGAAUCCCAGUGCAGGGCUUGCUUUAAAUCAACUGGGAAAUAUUUAUUCUGAUCAAAGUUGGGGAAUUGAUUCAGUAUACUACUUGUUGUACAGUACUCUAACUGAAAAUGCGUAUGAAGGAGCAUUUCCAAACCUUCGUCAUAUGCUUGACGCAAGACUGGUACAAUUUGCUCGGCGUCCAGCUCUCCCUGAACCUAGACCUAUAGAGCUAUUGUGUAAUGGAUUCACUGGGUUACUGUUCCAACUUUUGUUUGAAGAAACACCAAUCAAUUAUGAGAAGUUUUGCAAGGAAGUAUUGAACAAUUUUCACGAGCGCCUGAUGACUUACGACCCAGACUUGGACGAUAAACUACUAUUUAAAUUUGCUGCGAUUAGCGUUAUGGUCGUAUGGAGAUUACAGACAAACAAUUCUGUACACACAUCUCCUGCUGUCGCGUUUGCCAUGUCAGUCUUCUUCACCCUUGUCACGCAACUUGGUGUAAUUCUAGAAGGACAUUCAACAAUCCACAAGAUUUCAGAGUCCUGUCACUCCCGAUGUGGGAAGGACUUGGAUGAUGUUGUUACAUCACACAGUAACCCCCAAAUCCAUUGCGAGGGGGAAGCUAUCCCACCAAUCCUAAGCCAUGAUAAGCCUGAAUACGAGGAAAGCACCAAAUUAAAGGGAAUAAAACAGAAACAUAGAAAACAAGCUGGCGCUUGCCGAGGCCCUCGAUUCCGUUCGAGUUCAAUCCCAUCUUUAAAAAGCUUAGAGUCAGAUCAAGAACUCGAUAAUAAUGAAAGUGAUGGUGAAGAAGACGACGAUGACCAGGAUGAUUCUGAUUAUAUAUGGUCAGAAUCAGAUCAAUCAGAAUCUGGGGAUGAAUAUGAUUACCAAGAAGAUCGGACAGACCGCCCUAAGCGUCACGCCAGCACUGACAGUCAUCCACGAGAAGAUCAGAACUGUGCAAAUGGCAUGGAUUUCAAUGUGAAGGCAUUUUUGUCUUCGUCAUCAAGCAACGGUCGCUCUGAACCUAGUACUAGCGGCAGUGGAAAUAAUUCACAAAAAAGCAUUGAUGGACUGCAACAGGAAUUAAUGGAUGCUUUUCAUCAAGGAAAACAAACACCGUUCGGGGAUGGCGAGUCAUCUUCAGGUGGAGAAGAGAGAUCUUGCAUUGAAGUUAAAAGCUUGCUAAAAUGUCAACCCCAAAUUGAGCCUCUUCUUAUCGCUUUGACACCAUUUAUCCGCUGGCUGCAGACAUCACCUGCUGUAAAAGAUGCAUUGGCUGCGAAUGCAGAAAAAAUAUUUCUCAUAAAACUCUGUGAAAUUCUGACUGUCCUGACAUCGAAGAAUUGGGCUACACACGUUGUGAACGAUGAUGACGAAGGACGAGGUGACAGGGAGAACGACACAAAAGUCAACCAAGAACUAGCCAACGACUGGGAAACUCUUUUAACGGAAAAUGACAAAGAGAUUGGGAAAGAGUCUAGGUCGAAAGAAAAUUUAUUCCAGUUUCAACUGUCAGAAGAUAGAUCAAUGUUAGGAAUGCCAGCCUUGAAACAGUUUCUCCGUGAUUUGAAAAUAAAUGAUCAGUUAACAUCUCAAGAGCAGUUGGCUACUCGAAUUGGUCGUUUCAUUACGUUUGGAAUGUGGAUGACAAAGACGGAAAGCUUUUCAAUAAUGUAUGCCGAGGAAAGUCGAAAGUUUUUUGUCCCCAAUCCUGAAAUGUUGAAGCGUCACAUGAGGGCGACACGAAUCAAGAAAUUGCUGACUGGAAAGAAUGAAGGACCAGAGAACAUGUGUCGUUUAACUCGGGCGUAUCAAGAAAUGAAGCUUGAAAAUCGUGAACGACGUAAUAGAGACCGGGAUGGACGUGGACGAAGGUUUCGAAAGCAAAUUGGUGGAGGUGCUGGACAUCGUGAUGAUGGUAAACCUUGCCGGCGACGAGGACGCGCAAGUGGCGUUGGUGGCGGUCGACGACGCCUAAGGAACACCAAACGUCGUGUGGAUGAAAAACCCGUUUACGUCAUUGUUGAUAUGGAGUCGACUCUGAAAUAUAUGGAAAUUAUAAAACGAUUGACUUGCCACAAGAAUUUUUUCGUAUAUGUACCAAAUUCUGUUUUCGAUGGAUUGGAUAUGAUGAAAGAUUCAGAUGUAGAAAUGUCAGAUGUUGCAAAUGAUUCAUACCAGUGGAUAGAUGCUGCUGUUAAACGUCAGCAUCAGGGAAUUAAGAUUUUGAAAAAUACAGAAAAGAAAAAAUUACACACAGUGUACCCCGAAGAAUCGAAAGAUAUUGAACUGUGGGAAUACAUUGAGAUGCUAGAGUGCUGUCACUUUGUCAUUACAUCCUUUUUCGAAGGCAAUCCAUACAGCUAUGCAAAUACUGCUUUUGGGGAUCAACGUGACAAAUAUAGCGUGUUUUACUUGUCUGGGAAUGAUACCCUUUUGGAUACUAGCAUAAAACGGGGAUUCGAUCCGAUUAAAAUUGCUCGCUCUUUACCUGGAGUCUAUGUUGAUUGUAUCAACAAUUAUCCGCCAUCUGAGACGCGUCGAGUACCAUCCCCGCAUGGUCGAAAGUGGCAAACAUCCGGCAAGUGCAAAGGCUGAAUCUGUGGCACCAGAAUGCUCUGAGAAACCAGUUUAUGCGACGCUAUAUGAGGUCACUCGAUUUGAAGCAGGUUUACAAGAUUCGGUAUUCGUCAACCCUUCAUAAGAAAAAAACUUGACGUCCUCCAGUCGGGUAAAACCGCAACACACAACGCACACAUUUACAUCUUAAAUGAAUUGAAAUGGAACGAAAAUGAAGGAAGCGAUGUAAAAUCCGAGUUUUCUGCUGCAGUCUACCUAUAAUUAAAAUUAAACAACAGUCCAACUUUAAAAGGUUCAACGGUACGUACAGAUCACUAUAAAGCAAUCUGCACUGGCUAAGGGAAUGGACUAACUCCAAUACCACAAGAAUGAAAGACACCAUCAGGCUUAAUGAUAAUAAUACAAACAUACUUCAAAUUAUCAUAGCAUGUUAUUUCAAUAUUUUUUAUUGUUUCUGUAAAAAAAUUGAUUCUGAAUUUGGAUGAUGAAAAUUUACCUUCUUUCGACACAGAUUACUAGCUGUAAUCCCAAAACUCGUAAGGUAUACAAUAUGUUUAUGCAUAAACUAGUGGUUUCAUGCUAAACAAAAUUUUGUCAAAAGUUUGUCAAUUUGGUUUCAAUUUGUGUACUCACUUUCUUGGGCAGAAAGUCGUUGGGGAGAAAGUCGUAAGAAGUGAAUGGUAUGUUGGUUGCAAACUCCCUGGAAGAAAAGUUGCCAUAAAACAACAACAUUAUGCAACAAAGAUUAUUGUCAGAAUUGGUUGAGAAAAUAUAGUUGAUGUAUCUGUACUGCCAUGGUAUGUAUGCAUGGUAUCAAAAGCUUUCAUCCGUUCACGCACAUCACACCACAAAGCGGAAUGAGAAAUCGGUCGAGUAGUAUUAAUUCGAUCCUUGAAUAGUUAUGAUGCAACAAGAUGGAAAACGAACAGACGAAUACAAACCGUCACCUGUUAUUAGUAAUAUAGUAAUUACUUGGAGUAAGUAAAAGGAUUGUCAUUGUUUGUUUUAAUCAUACGCAGUCUUAGGAUGUGAGAUCAACAUGAUUGUAUGUAGUAAAUAAAGAAGAAAAUUAGAUGAAUUUUUGGUUAUUAAUAAUAUAUAUGUGUGUGUAAUGAUCAGCUCCUGUUUUUCACAUUAAACUUUCUCAUUUCUUAGUCGUAGUCAACUAACAUGUCAACUUAUUUAAUUUUACUUUUACUUAACCCUUAUGUGUACCUAUGUGGCUUUGGUUUUUUUCAAAAUAAAGAUUUGGUUGGAAAAAUAUA